AUGAAGGGAGACACCAGACACUUCAAUGAAGAGGAGGGCACCAGCGGGAGGGAUGAUUCAAUUAUCAUCAAUGGGGCCUGCAGCGACCAGUCCUCCGACUCCAAGGACACCCCUUCACCCCCAAUCCUGGAGGCCAUCCGCACCCCGGAAAUCAGAGGCCGCAGAUCAAGCUCCCGGCUGUCCAAGAGGGAGGUGUCUAGUCUGCUCAGUUACACUCAGGAUCUGACUGGUGAUGGAGACAGAAAUGGUGAAGGGGAAGAUGGAGAUGGUCCUGAUACUCCAGUGAUGCCGAAACUGUUCCGUGAAACCAGGACUUCAUUGGAAAGCCCAGCAGUUCGAACCCGAAAUCACAGCAGUGUUUCCACCCGGGAGAGGUACAGGCCUUUCCCGCCUCGUUCCACCCGCUCCCGGCAGGGCCGCAGCCACAUGGAUGAAACCCCCGUGGAGUUCCCUGCUACAAGGUCCCUGAGGCGGCGGGCAGCCUCAUCUGCAAGCACAUUGUGGUCGUCCCCAGCCAGCCCUUACCUCACCAUCGACCUCACAGAUGACGACGUAACCCCUCAGAGCAGCAGUACCCCUUACCUCAGCCUAGCCCAGGAUAGCCAGCAGGACAGCUUGGACUCCUCGCAGGUGGAUGCUGAGGGCCAGGACACGGAUGACACAGAGUACCAGGAUGGUAAAGAGUUUGGCAUAGGGGACCUUGUGUGGGGAAAGAUCAAGGGCUUCUCUUGGUGGCCUGCCAUGGUGGUGUCAUGGAAAGCUACCUCCAAACGCCAGGCCGUGGCUGGCAUGCGAUGGGUGCAGUGGUUUGGUGAUGGCAAAUUCUCUGAGGUUUCUGCAGACAAACUGGUGGCUCUGGGGCUAUUCAGCCAGCACUUUAACCUGGCUACCUAUAACAAGCUGGUUUCUUACAGAAAGGCCAUGUACCAUGCCCUGGAGAAAGCCAGGGUGCGUGCUGGCAAGAACUUCCCUGGUGGUCCUGGAGACUCACUGGAGGACCAGCUGAAGCCCAUGUUGGAGUGGGCCCAUGGGGGCUUCAAGCCUACUGGCGUGGAAGGCCUCAAACCCAACAAGAAGCAAACAGUGGUUAAUAAGUCGAAGGUGCGUCGUGCAGGCAGUAGGAAAUUAGGAUCCAGGAAACACGAGAACAAGAGUCGAAGACGCAUAGCUGACGACUCUGCCACUUCUGACUACUGUCCCCCACCCAAACGCCUCAAGACCAAUUGCUAUAACAAUGGCAAAGACCGAGGAGAUGAAGAUCAGAACCGAGAACAAAUGGCUUCUGACGUGCUGAGCAACAAGAGCAAUCUGGAAGACAGCUGCUUGUCCUGUGGUAGGAAGAACCCUGUGUCUUUCCACCCACUCUUUGAGGGUGGCCUCUGCCAGACGUGCCGGGAUCGCUUCUUGGAGCUCUUCUACAUGUAUGAUGAUGAUGGCUACCAGUCCUACUGCACUGUGUGCUGUGAGGGCCGCGAGCUGCUCCUCUGCAGUAACACAAGCUGUUGUCGGUGCUUCUGUGUGGAGUGUCUGGAGGUGCUGGUGGGCACAGGCACAGCCACAGAGGCCAAGCUGCAAGAGCCCUGGAGCUGCUACAUGUGCCUCCCCCAGCGCUGCCACAGUAUCCUGCGACGCAGGAAGGAUUGGAAUGUGCGCCUGCAGGCCUUCUUCACCAGCGAUUCAGGCCUUGAUUAUGAGGCCCCGAAGUUAUAUCCAGCAAUUCCUGCUUCCCGAAGGAGGCCCAUUCGAGUCCUGUCACUGUUUGAUGGAAUUGCGACAGGGUACUUAGUGCUCAAAGAAUUGGGCAUUAAAGUGGAGAAGUAUGUCGCUUCGGAAAUAUGUGAAGAGUCCAUCGCUGUUGGAACAGUAAAGCAUGAGGGGAAUAUUAAAUAUGUGAAUGAUGUCAGGAACAUCACAAGGAAAAAUAUUGAAGAGUGGGGCCCAUUUGAUUUGGUCAUUGGUGGAAGCCCAUGCAAUGAUCUCUCCAAUGUGAAUCCAGCCAGGAAAGGCCUGUAUGAGGGCACUGGCCGACUCUUCUUUGAGUUCUACCACCUGCUGAAUUACUCACGCCCCAAAGAGGGGGAUGACCGGCCAUUCUUUUGGAUGUUUGAGAAUGUGGUGGCCAUGAAGGUUGGUGACAAGAGAGACAUUUCACGUUUCCUGGAGUGUAAUCCAGUGAUGAUUGAUGCCAUCAAGGUCUCUGCUGCUCACAGGGCCCGAUACUUCUGGGGAAACUUACCUGGGAUGAACAGGCCUGUGAUAGCAUCAAAGAACGAUAAACUUGAGCUGCAGGACUGCUUGGAAUACAGCAGGACAGCAAAGUUAAAGAAAGUACAGACAAUAACCACCAAGUCGAACUCGAUCAGACAGGGGAAAAACCAACUUUUCCCUGUUGUCAUGAAUGGCAAAGAAGAUGUUUUGUGGUGCACUGAGCUCGAGAGGAUCUUCGGCUUUCCCGUACACUACACGGACGUGUCCAACAUGGGCCGUGGUGCCCGCCAGAAGCUGCUCGGGAGGUCCUGGAGUGUGCCCGUCAUCAGACACCUCUUCGCCCCCUUGAAGGACUACUUUGCAUGUGAAUAGUUCUGCCCAGACCUGUGGCACUGGGGCUUGUGGGCAGAGCCAGGGCCACAGAGGCCUUCUGAUUCCUGAAGGUGCUGCCCCCAGCUCUGCCCUACCUCAGCUCAGCAUAUGGGGUCUCACUGUACCUCAGUUCUCUCCUGCUCAGUUUGAGCAGAACCACCUGACCCAAACAGGCAGGAUGAGCCCAAGGUGCUGCCUCCUUGUGCACAGUUCACACCUGGCUGCUCAGAGCAGCCAGACAUGGUGCUCAUUUUUCUCCUCCUAAAACUUUAAAACUUGAAGUAGGUAGUAAGAUGUUUUUCUCCUCUCUCCUGGGUAUACCACCCAGAAUUGAUAGCUAAGAUACCAAAACUACAGUGCUGACCGCUCUCCAAGACUCAGGUAAUGCUGCAAAAUAACCCAAGACAGUUAUUGUAAAACUUUUUAGAGAUGUCUGCAACUCCAUGUUUAUAGGAGUAUUCAGUUGUAGACACAUAGUUAAGGGACAUUUUAAGGGCCCAGGACGUCUUUUUUAGGGCUAGCGGAAGAGGAAGUGAUGUGUAUGUCUUUCUUGAAUUUUACCCAGCAUAUUUUCCUGCCUUGCUGCAGGGGCUGGAGUCUGCCUUUAGAAUGUUUU